AUGGCUUCCAGUUCGAGGCGUGUGAACAUGGAAGUGAUGAUAAAAAACUACGUUGAUAAGGCCCAAAACAAUUCUCCGUCGACCUGCGAUGAAAAAGUGACCAAUCUUGAAUACAGCCAUGCUAUAAUGAAAACUCUAAACAAGUACAGAAAAGCCGAAGCGUUUUGCGAUGUUUGUUUAUUGGUCGAAGAAGUAGAAGUGGUUGCACAUCGAAAUGUGCUGGCAGCAAGCAGCCCGUAUUUCGAAAGACUUCUCAGUUCGACUAUGAAAGAAAGGGAGCAGUAUAAAAUACGUUUAAACGGAAUAAAAGCGAAAGUUUUGAAGGAUGUACUCGAUUAUAUUUAUAUUGGAGACAUAGUUUUAUCGGCUGAAAAGGUUUUUGACUUGAUUAUUGCUGCUGACUAUCUGAUGCUCAGCAGACUUAAGAAUUUGGCUGAGAGUUAUUUUUUGGAAGAUUUGAAUUUCGACAACUGUUUGUCUGCUUGGAUAUUUGCAGAUCGUUACCAGUGUCCGAGGCUGAGAGCUAAGGCGAGAGAGCUCGUUCUAGCGAACUUCUUUAGCAUAACAAACACCAAGGAAUUUUUAGAUUUGGACAUGGGGUAUAUCGUUGAGUUGUUGGGAAGUGAGGGGCUUGCAGCCAGUGAUUGUGAAGCUUUUGACGCAGCUUUGAAAUGGAUUGACCACGACCACUCGUUAAGAGCGAAGCAUUUUGACCAAUUAAUUAACUAUAUUGACUUGACAUGUCUGCCGGAUGGUUACAUUUCUCGAGUAAUUCGUAGUCAUGAGUAUGCUAGGAGCAGCAACUUACUUAAAGGGGCAGCAAAAAGUGUUAAUGUCAUCGCUAUAAAUAGCAAUGAAACACCAAGCCAUGGAGAGCCAGUUGGUUACCAUGGUAACAAGGCUGUAUUGGUUGUCGGUGGUUGGGAAAGAGGAAAGGGUGGCAUUGCUAGUGUUAAUUGUUACUUCCCUUCACUUAAUAAGUGGUGUUCGUUAAGGAACAUGAAUAUUGCUCGUUAUCGUCAUGGCAUUGCGGUACAUGGUCAUGUGGUUUAUGCCGUAGGUGGGAGUUUGGAAGCGGACGACUCGUGCAUUGAAUGCCUCGACUUGAACCAACCUGGGUUACCUUGGCAACGAUUGUUACCGAUGUGCAGUGGUCAUAUUGGAGUCGCCAUCACCUUCCUCAAGGACUACCUGUAUGUCUCAGGCGGGUUCUGCGGAAAGACGCUCAACACGGUUCAACGUUACAGCCCUGUAACGAACACCUGGGAGCCGGUAUCACCAAUGAUGCAAGCAAGGGAGGGCCACUGUCUAAUCGCUUGUGGUAGCUUUGUUUAUGCUAUUGGUGGAUGCUGUGGUCAAGAUAAUUCAGAGGUCCUGAAAGGAGUUGAGCGGUACGACCCACCCUUGGAUUCCUGGUUUCCAGUUAUGCCCAUGAAGACCCAGAGGUAUGGAGCGUGCGGCGUCGAGCUAAACCAGAAGAUUUAUGUGUUUGGUGGUCAACUCAAUGUCUACACCGAGGGUCCGACCAUUCAAACAAAUUUCCGAACGUGUGAAGUGUAUUGUCCCAGGCUUGACCAAUGGAACAUAAUUGCAGAGUUGAACAUCGCAAGGUUGAGGUCGUGUGCCGCAGCUGUUGGACAUCGGAUCUAUGUAUUUGGUGGGUAUCUUCAUGGGAGUUACCUAGACAGUGUUGAAUGCUAUGAUUCAAGGAAAGGAACUUGGACGAUUACUAGUACCGUUUGUAUGCCGUCAAAGUUAGAAGGUGCAGCUUGCUGUGCUGUACAGUUGAAAGGUGAAAUCUUCACCUCACUUUUGCCAAUGAUUGCAGACAAAGGAAAUUGA